UACCAAUACCAACAACAACAACAACAACGUCAUGGUAUACUGUCAGUUGUGGUAUCUUCAUUCCGACGAAACGAAACACCGAUGCAAAGGUUCCUCGCUGUGGAGUAGGAGUAGCAAAUAAUUCAGCUUAGCUUCUUCAUGCAGCUCCCUCCCAUUCAAUAUAAUCCACCUUCAUGCUAGCUAAUUCAUGCAUGCGCAGCUGACAGCUAGGUUUGCUUAGUUAGUUAAAGAGAGCCAAAUUAAGCAAGUUGGAGUAGUUUGUACUACUCCAGUAGCUAGCUUAGAUAGUACAGAUCAUGCAGUAAUUAAGUAGUAGGGGGCCGGGAGAAGUGGAGGAGGAAAUUUUUCAUCUAUAUCUAUCUAUGACUAUGCGGCGGCCGGGACCGGGUUGAGGAGGAAUUGAGGAUGGGUGGCAGAGGCAGAGGCAACGACGACGACGGUGGUGUGGUCGUCGUCGAUGGCUUCGUCGCCAUCCUCCGCCAGCUCGGAGACCUCGCGCAGCUGGCGGCGGAGGUGUUCCAAGGCAUGCACGACCAAGUCAUGGCUCUAUCCACACGACGACGCCAACUCGCGCUGCGCCUCAACCACCUCGAUCACGCAGCACCACCAGCAGUAGCAGCACCACAAGAUUCUUCUUCUUCCUUCUUCUGUCACAAAGAUUACUACCUCUUCGUUGCUUCCAACAUAGGCCGUGUCCAUUGGCGCGCAAAUCUCAUUCUGAAGCAGGGGCUCGUUGCAGGAGGAAACAACAGCUUGCCUACCAUUAUCUUUGACCGCAUCCACAGAUGCAGAGGGCCACCCAAUCUGUCCCUCCUUGACAAGUACGAUGCUGACGGCGAGGGUGCCUGCUUGAAGAGAUACACUAAUCCUUCAUUCUUCACCUCUCACUCUGCCUGCUCUACCAAACUAAUCCACCAACGCAUCCACAUGGCAAAACAACCUCCAAAGCUACUACUGGAAACCAAACCUACAUUUCAGUGUUCAGAUUCAGACAACUCCAGGCCUCAGAAGGCAUCCCAGUGCAGUGACUCUAUGCCUGAAAUGGACGCAUCUCAUGGAUUCCUAUCCAUGUUCCGACAACUGAAAUAUCGACAGACGAAUGGAAGCCCCAUGCCUCAAAUGCACAACUUUCAGAACGAGACUUCUUCAUCUGAGCUGAACAUAUCUUCAAACUGUUCGCCUGAAUCAAGCAUCAAGGUGACACAAGACAUCGGAGCAAGCACAACAGGUACAGAUUCAGUCAGUGAAGAGAGGAACUUGGAGCUCGAGAGGACUAGUUCAUUCGAGGCAUGGCUCUCUCCAAAUGCACAUAAUAUUCAGCAUGAUCAGAUAGCAGAAGAAAUGCCUCACUACAGUUGUAACAACAACAAUGGAUUCGUCAAUCAUGUCACUCCGAAUGAUGCCAUUGGUGCAACCAACAAUGGCAAUUGUAAGGACGAUUCCAACACCUACAAGAAGGCUGUGAGGUCAAAGUAUAGAGGUGGCAUGGAGUUCAUCGCCUCAAGGGUCAGCAGUUUUCCCAGGAAGCUCUUCAGAAAGAAGCAAGAUCCACAUCCACUGUCAGUGGCAGAUUCCUUCCGGAACAUGACUAGCAAGAUUCUUGAGCUGAAAUGCAACAACAUUCGAGACAACGAUUCCAAUGGCAUGGGAUCAAUCAACAGAGAGGAACUGCUCGCAAGUGAAAACGGUGAGCAUCCAUCUCCUGACGCUCCCUUUCGUCACGUAUCAACAGAGCGUAGGUAUAUGCACGCCACGAGAGCUUCUUCUGAAGAUGUUCCUGCACUUGCUGAAGUUGCAUCGGAUAAGAAAAGCAAACAGGAGCACUCUGACGAUGCAUCUGAAGCAUCUUAUGACAAAUUGUUGGAUGAAGAACUGCAUCAAUCUGUUGUACGUCAGGAACGAAAUGGUUCUCCCGUUCCGCAGGUCUGCAGCACUACAAGAUUUUCUCAACUAGAGCGUGAAGGUCCUGGGAAAGAUAUGGUGCCGCCACUCCCUCCGAUGCAGUGGUUAUCAUCAAUCAAGGUUCAUUCAGGAUCAAGGGUUGCAUCAUCUCCAAGACUUAAAACACUUAGGCCACAAUCACCAGCGGUACCAAACCAUGCAGCUGGAAGAAGCUAUUCGCAUCCGGUAAGAAAGCAGCUGGAAACUGACAAUGUUCAGGCGAGAGGCCAUUUCGGCAUCCUGGCUUCACACGCUGAGAUAGCCCAGACAUCAGCUUCUGAUAUUAAAUCUGCAGCUGUUAUCUCGAUUAGAAAUGGAAUCUGCAGAUAUGGGUUCCCUGGGAAGGAUUCUGAAGAAAUUAAUCAUCAAGAAAAGGAUAUCAUUCAGCCUUCAGAAGGUGAAAUUCUGAAGACUACGGAGGAGGUCUGUGAGCCUACGGUACAGUCAGACGAGUCUCCGCCUGAACAACAUUCAGAAAUACAACCUCAACGAGAAGAAAUACACCAAACUGGUAAUGGAGAUUCUGAUUGCAACAACAAGAAUAAUCUCAGGGCCACCACAGAAGGGCCUAUCUAUAGCAAUGGACCACAGAUUGAUGUGCACAACUCACUGGAUCAUCCUACUGACAGAGAGAGCAAUACUAAUGUGCACGUAGAAAGUGUUUUUUUCUCUGCAGUAGAACAGCUAACAAAGAUGAACCCUCCUCCGGUGCCAAGGCCUAAAUAUUCUAUACUUCAGGUUGGAGUCCAAGAUAGAAGCACGGUAAGAACGGCUCCAGGUUUGAUAUAUCCUUCAAGAAGGCUUUCAGGAGAGAUACGCAAAUUACCUGAACAAAUAAACGCCAAGUCUUGCGAUCUGAAGCCUGCCCUUGAAAGAGGCUCAAAUGUGACAGUUGAUCACAGGAACACAAAAGUGGCUACAAUCUUGCAGAGGGUUGAUCACAUUCGUCAGGCUCACGCAGAAAACUACGACAUUGACAGUGAGGUUAGCUGGAGUGACAGUGACUGAUUCGUCGAUGCGAGAAGUCAAGUCAUUCGUUGAACUUUGCAAAGGGAGACUAAAACAUUAAGCAAAUGCAGGCAGUGAAGUUGAAGCAAUUGCAUUUCCUCUCUCUCGGUGCCAAAGUAUGGGUAGCAAACAAUCCGUAGCGAACUAGCAAGAGCUGUUAUAUUUGAUGCUGAAAUUGAAGAGUACAUUCUAGUUGUCCUUACGUAAAUAGCUCGAGACUAUUGUACUCCCUCCGUUUCAAAAUGUUUGACACCAUUGACUUUUUAGCACAUA